AUAUUUAUCACUCCCUCCUUAAAGCCCUAAUCUUUGUCAUAUGUAACUCCUAAAGCUCUACUCUUCUUGUGUGUUUCUAUUUCUUUUCUGUUUUCUUUGGGGCCUCUUUUUUUAAUUCAUUACCUAAAUGUAGGUGUUCCUGUGGCUCCAUUUUGCCCUCACUAUACAAAUAUGAUCUGAUCUGUUACCCUGAUUUCAUCUUAUCUGUAUGCUUAUGACCUUUCUGUCAAGCUUUGGACUCAUAUCCAACUGGCAGCUACUGCUUUACCUGAAUACUUCAUAGCCAUUUCAAUUCCAUUCGUUCAAAGUAGAAACCUGUAGUUGACUGUGACUCCCCCAAAAUUACCUUCUUCACUUUUUAUAUCUAAUGAAGCACAAAGCUAAGACUGUUUUACCAGUUCCCUUAUCUCUAGCCCUGCUUUUCCCACACUAGAUCAGGCCCUCAACAUCUCUCCUAGAGCUUUGCUACUCAAAGUGUGGUUUGUGACCAGCAUCAUUAGCAUCAUUUGCAAGAGUGUUAGAAAAAGAAUCUCAGUCCUCACUGAAGACCUACUGAAUCAGAAACUGCAUUUUGGCAAGAUCCCUAGAUCAUUUGUACUCAAUAAAUUUUGAGAAGCAUUGUUCUAGAACAUUGCCACAACCUCCUAACUACUCUCCCUGCCAUCAGUUUUGUCUCCCCAAAUCUACCCUUAAUUUAACCACUAGAGUGUUUCACCUAAAGUGCACAUCUUUCCGUGCCAUUCCUCACUUUAAAACCCUCGAUUGUUUCUCUAUUUUCUGAGGAUAAAAAUCUAAGCUUCAUAGCUCCUUGCCAUCUUGUUCCUUCCUGCCUUCUCCAGGCGUAUCCCCUCCUACUUCCUGCCAUGAUCUGUGUUAGGUCAGAACCUGCAAACUGCUUUUGGUUUCCAGAAACUAUUACCCUAUUUCUCAUCUCUCUGCCCUUGUUCAUGCUGCCGUUUUGUCUGAAACAUCUUCUCUUCAAUUCCUACUCAUUCAUUAACGUGCUACUUCCCUGGAAGCCUUUUCACUUCCUUCAAGACUUAUCUUCUGUGCUUCCUUAGCCUGUGUGUCUAAUUUUCUCUGUAUGUGUCUUUAUCCCCCACCAGAAUGUAAGGUCUUUGAGGGUAAGGACUUCAUCUAACUUGUCUGUAUUUCAAGUGUUAAAGAUAGAAACUGGCACAGAUUAGGCCUACCUCAGUAGAGAUUAGUUUAAUAUAUGAAUCCGUGCACUAUUAAUUUUGAUAUGUUGAGUGCUAACCUAUGCUUAUAGUAUUUAAGUUUCCUAAUUAAUAUGAUUCAACAUAUCCCAAAAAGUUACAUAGAGACCUGUGUUUCUAUCUAGGAUUUUGAAGAAUGUUGUCUUAGACAAGUGUAGAAAUAGAAGUGGUAGGGCUUCAUAAAGUAGUAGAUGUUUGGAGAAAUGCCAAACUUUUACUUGUUACAGUAUUUUUCCUAUUGCUGGGGUGAUGAUAUCUGAAAUAAGUACCUUCUAAUUUAAUGGCUAGAAUUAGGUAAAAUUGGAACUGAGUCAGUUAUGAGAAGUGUGUGUACUCUGGUCACUUCUAAAGGGAGGGUCAUGUUAGCACUCUCAAAUUUCAAGGUUAUUAGUAUAAGAGAAGAAAGAUUUUGGUGAAAUUUUCAUCUGGCCAGGGAGGGAGUGCUGACCACUAGCAUAAUAGAACAAAUUUUCCUUACUACUUUGACUAUUCCAUUUUAAGAAGAGUAAAUAUUUGAGGAUUUAAAAACUGGCUGAAGAAUUUAAAUUAGCUAGUGAGAAUUUCAAAGAACAGAACAGAAACCCAUAUUAUAAGCAAUCAAGUGGUAAGACAAAAACAACUUGACAUGUGACACCUUAAUUAUUUCACUUAUCACCCAUUUCACCCUUCUUUCUGUCUCUGCCUUAUUUUCCAUCCACUUUGUAUGUGUUCCUACUAUACCUAAUCUCUGUCUUUUUUCAUCAUUCUCACUGCUUUCCUCAUGUCCCUCAUCCAGCCCAGAUCUUAUUAGCACAGGGAUGGCUACCAUAACGAUAUGGAACUAAACAUUUAGUAUGAGGACCUACGUUUGCCAUAUUUGUAAUAUCACCUUUACAUCUUUAGAAAUGUUCCGGUCCCAUAUGCAAGGAAAUGAACACCAAAUUAAAGAAUCCAUUAUUAUCAGUCUAGUGAAGAAUCCCAAGAAGACACAAGACUCUUACCAAGAUGAAUGUGAAGAUUACAUCAAAAUGCAGAAAUCAAGAGGACCAGAGCCCAAGAUUUGUUUCAGGAAGAUGGAAGAGAGUUCUUUGGAAGCCCGUUGGUACAGGGAAGUAGUUGAUUCUAGAUCCACACAUACAGUGUUUGAACAGAGACUCCCAUGUGAGACUUUCUGGACAUACCCAGGAUCAUACAGUAUUUCACAAACAGCAGAAAACCAUUUACCUCAUUGUUUACCAGCUCAUUCAAAGAAGACAUAUGACUCUUUCCAAGAUGAACUGGAAGAUUACAUCAAAGUGCAGAAAGCGAGAGGACUAGAUCCAAAGUUUUGUUUCAGAAAGAUAAGAGAGAACUCUAUAGAGACCCAUGGGUACAGAGAAGUUGACUCUGGACCCAGACAACAAAUGUUUGAGCAAAGAUUUUCACUUGAGACUUCCCAGACUUACCAACAACCAUACAAUAUUUCACCAGUGGAAAGCAAGUUGCAUUAUUGGUUACCAGUUCAUUCAAACAGAACUUAUUAUUCUUUCCAAGAUGAGCUAGAAGAUUACAUCAAAGUGCAGAAAGCCAGAGGACUAGAGCCAAAGACUUGCUUCAGAAAGGUUAGUGAUAGCUCUAUAGAAAUCCAUAAGUACAAAGAAAAGGUUGAUUUCAGACCCAAACAUAGAAUUUUUGAGCAAAAAGUCCCAUUUGAGACUUCCCAUGCUUACACAGGAUCAUACACUAUUUCCCAAGUAGUGGAAAACCAGUUACCUCAUUGCUUACCAGCUCAUGACAGCAUACAGAAACUAGACUCUAUAUCUUCCUGUCAACCCAUCAGAGACUGUUUUCCAGAAAAGCCAGUACCCCUGAGUCUUAGUCAGCAAGAAAAUAACUUUGGCUCAUACAGUGUAGAAUCUGAAGUUUACAAGCACCUCUCAGAAAACAAUACCAGUGACCAUAAAGCAGGUCAUAAACGAAGACAUCAGAAGAGAAGAAGGCACCUGGAAGAAGGUGAAGACAGGUCAGAGAAAGAGCAAUCGAAGCAUAAAAGGAAAAAGAGUUAUGGUGAUACAAAUCUAGACAAGGACAAGAGCAUCCGACAAAGGAAAAGAAAGGGAGAUCAAGUCAGCGUCAGUUCAGGAAAGCUUAAACAUCGAAAAAAGAAAAAAAGCCAUGGUGUGCCCACUGAGAAAGAAGAACGUAAGCACAAGAAAGGGAAAAAGAAACCUGUUGAAGAAAAGACAGAAGAGGAAAUGCUUUGGGAUGAAUCUAUUCUUGGAUUUUGAAUUUUUAGUUUUGUUUACCCAAGGAUGAAUUGAAGAAAUCAGUUAUGGAUUUAGACAAAGACAGGAACAUCCAGAAGAAAAAUACCAGUGGAUAUAGUUAGUGUCAGCUCCAGAAAGCUUAGUUUUUGUGUUUAUAAUUUGAAAUUGAAUUGAAAGAAGAAACAAACAAGCUUAAAUAUACUGAGAAAGAACAUAAGAAGAACAUAAGAACACAACCAGAACAUGAGAGAAAAAGAAUUCUGUUGAAGAAAAGACAGAGUCAAUGUUUUGGGAUGAGUCUGUUUUAGGAAUUUCAUUUUGUUUACCCAAGGAUGAAAUGAAGAAAUCAGUUUAGAAAAUGGAUUUAGACAAAAACAAGAACAGCCAGUGAAGAAAAGCAUAGGAAGAUAUGAUCAUUGGCUAUUCAGGAAAGCUUAGUUUUAGGGGGUGUAAAAAUUGAAAUUGAAUUGAAAGAAGAAACAAGCAUAAAUCUAGCCUCUGAGAAAGAAGAACAUAAGAACACAAGAACAGAAAAGAAAAGGAAAUCUGUUGAAGAAAGACAAUGCUUUGGGAGGAGUCUAUGCUUGGAAUUUGAACUUUUUAGUUUUGUUCCCUUAAGGUUGAAUUGAAGAAAUAAGUUGAAAAGUUUGAUUUCAUAAAAUUUAUGUUACUUGAAUGCUUCCUAAGUGAACAGUUAACUUUAACCUCUAACAAAAGCCAAGUGGAGUAAAAGUAUUCAAUAUGCCUUUUCCUCAAGUUAGUUUUUCUCAUUUUUUAAAAAAAUUACAUUUCUUAUAUAAAAUGUAAUUUUGCUUAAUGAGGUUGUCUCUACUUCUAUUCAUCAAAUUGCUGUAGUGGUGAAUUAUUUGCCCAUGAAAGAUUAAUUUAUUUUAAAUGAGAGAAUUACGAGGCAUUACAAAAUCCAUUCCUUGUUUGGGUUUGUGUUAGUGUUGGUAUUUUAUUGUUAUUGUGUGUUUGUUUUUUGAUUUUCUCUAAGAAAAAUGUAUGAAACAAUUUAGAUCAGUUUUUUUUUUGUUUGUUAAAUCUAAUUUGCAGUGUAUUUUUGUAUUUUCUAGUUCUAAAAGUGGAAAAUGAAACUGUCUGUAAUAAGUUUAGAUGAUAUAUAGUUUUAAAAAGCUCUCAAAAAGUACUGAUACAAAAUCAGUCUAUAUUCUGGAAAUGUUUAUAUUAUAUUAAAGUGUUUUAAUUUCUA